CCAUGCCCAAGAACUACCAGUAUAUCCUGGCUUUGGGUUUUGCCAUCCAGGAACUCAACAGGGACUUGACGCUUCUGCCCAACGCCACCCUGGGCUUCCGCAUCUACCAGGAAAGCAGUUUUGCAAACAAGCCCACGGAAACCAGCCUUGCCCUCAUCUCCACGCGGAGACAAAUGGUGCCAAACUACAACUGCGACAAGCAGGACAAGCUGCUGUCCGUCAUUGGCAGCCUCGACUCAAAGACGUCAAGGCAGAUGGUGUCGAUCUUGAGUGCCUUCAAGAUCCCGCAGGUAAGGAGAGAAAUCGACCAGGGUUCUGGGUUCCUUUGGUGCAGGGAUGCAAAACCCACGCUCUGCAAAAGAGUUCCAUGGCGUGCGGGCCACCUUUUCUACCGGAAAAAAACAACGCUGUCCAGGGCUGUAAAGACUGCGGAGAGAAUAAUUGGGUGCACUCUUCCCACCUUGGAUCAAAUCUAUGCUUCCAGGUGCCAUAAGAAAGCGGCAGAGAUAGCGCAGGAUAGUGCGCACCCCGGAAAUGAUCUCUUUCAGCUUCUGCCUUCUGGAAGAAGGUACAGGUUAUAAAGACUAGGACUAGCCGCCUGAGAAACAGUUUCUAUCCAAAUGCGAUUUUGGUUUUAAACGCAGUGUAAGGUAGUCUUUAUCUCGGUUACGGCUCACCCAAACUGGGAUUUGCAUCUCCUUCUUUCUAUCACAUCGACCCCAACGAGAUCCUUCAGUUCAGGGGUUUAGUCUCGCUAUUCCUGCAUUUCCGCUGGAAUUGGGUGGGACUCAUCGCUUUGGAGGAUGACGGCGGCGAAAUUUUCAUCCGGACUUUGGCGCCGCUCCUCGCCCGGAACGACAUCUGCGUGGCGUUCACGGAAAAGGCUGUGCCAGAAACGCACGUCCUUUUGCCGCAUUUGAAACAAUGGGCAAAACAGGUUUCAAAGGUUUACGAGAGUGAGGCUCAGACGGUGGUUUUCUUUGUAGACGCCAAUUCCAUCCGAUAUUUAAUGGCGCCCAUCACCCAACUGGUGAAAAACAAGGGGACCUCAGCUGGGAAGGUUUGGAUCCUGACAUCCCAGUGGGAUUUUGCUGCUGCGAGAUCCGCCAGAACGUUUAAGUAUCUGAAACAUUUCCAUGGGUCCAUUUUCUUCAAAAUCCGCACGAGAAAAGUGCCUGGGUUCGACAAAUUUCUCUCUGCUUUAGAUCCAUACCGGUCUCCGGAAGACAUCUUUUUCCGUCGCUGGUGGGAAGUGGUAUUUGACUGUAAAUUUCUGAAACCAGACCAGAACGUUUUGAAGAACCAGCGGAACUGCACAGGCCAGGAAAAACCAGAGGAUCUCCCAGCCUUUGUGUUUUCGACUGAGAUGACUGGCUACAGUUACAGCAUCUACAACGCUGUCUAUUCUACGGCCCACGCGUUGCAUGACGCCAUGUAUUCAACUGGAUCCAAACUUGCAAUGGUGCCACGCGGCAAGAGACUUCUGAAUCUCCAGCCUUGGCAGAUUCUGGCCUCUUUGAGGAAGAUUCGGUUUAACAACACGGCUGGGGAUGAGAUAUAUUUUACGGAACAUGACAAGAGACCGGCAGCCUAUGAUAUUCUGAACGGCGUCUUCUUCCCCAACGGAUCGUGGGCCGAAGUGAAAGUUGGAGGUUUGGAUCCUCACGCAGCCCCAGGAGAGGACUUCAGCCUUAACCCCGAUGCAAUCGUGUGGGUUACUCAGAAGACCCCAUUCUCCAGGUGUGUAGAAAGUUGCCCUCCAGGACAGAGCAGAAAAGUUCUAGAGGGGAGGCCGGUUUGCUGCUACGAAUGUGUCUCUUGCCCAGAAGGGACCUUCUCUAACCAGACAGACGCAGUUCACUGCACCAAGUGCCCUGAAGAUCAAUACCCAAACAAGGACCAAGACCAGUGUAUUUCCAAGAAGACCAACUUCCUCUCUUACCAAGAUGUUCUUGGGAUGGUUUUAGCUUUUCUGGCUCUCCUGCUGUUCCUCACAACCUCCCUGGUGCUGGCGAUCUUCAUCCAACAACGCGACACACCCAUUGUCAAAGCCAACAACCGAGACCUCACCUACGUCCUCCUCGCCUCCCUCCAGCUCUGCUUCCUCUGCCCCUUCCUCUUCAUCGGCCGUCCCAAGAAGACCAUCUGCCUUCUCCGUCAAAUGGCUUUCAGCACCGUUUUCUCUGUUGCCGUCUCUUCCGUACUGGCAAAAACCAUCACGGUCGUCCUGGCCUUCGUGGCCACCCAGCCGGGAAACGCCGCGAGGAAGGUUUUGCAGAGACAACCGGCCAACUCCAUUGUGGUGGCCUGCCUGUUUAUCCAAGCCGUUAUCUGCGCCGUCUGGCUCGCAACCUCUCCGCCAUUCCCAAACCUGGACUUCCAUUCCACACCGGGAGAGAUUGUAGCCGAAUGCAACGAAGGUUCGGCCGCCAUGUUUUACACUGUCCUGAGUUACCUGGGCUUCCUGGCCCUGGUCAGUUUCCUGGUGGCUUUCUUCACCAGAAAGUUGCCCGAUAGUUUCAACGAAGCCAAGUUCAUCACCUUCAGCAUGCUGGUCUUUUGCAGCGUUUGGGUUUCCUUCGUCCCCACCUACCUGAGCACCAAGGGCAAGUUCACGGUGGCCGUGGAGAUCUUCUCCAUCUUGGCUUCCGGCGCUGGUCUCCUGGGUUGCGUUUUCUUCCCCAAGUGUUACCUUAUUCUCCUGAGGCCUCACCUCAACAGCAAAGAUCAUCUGGUUAGGAAAAAGCGUAAGGUAAUUUAACAGAAUUUUUAAGUUAAAUUAUUCUGUACAGUAAAUAAAUAAAUUCCAUUCCGUAUC